UAUCUGUAUCCCUCCCACCUGUGCAUAUAGGCAGAUUUUAUUCUAUGCAUUUUUUAAAAAAAUCAAUGACAGCUGAACAGAAAAAAUAAAAAUGCUGUGUCCUCAUUCUAAAUCCUUGGAAUUAUUGAACACUUAGUAUCAACUCACAGGGUGUCAUUAGAAUUAAAUCAAAUAAUGGGUUAUCAGAGUGCUCUGUAGCAUCCUAUUGAGCACAUAGUAUCUGCUUAAUAAACAUUGCAUUAGUACAUGUGCACAUGUUGUUUGCCAAAUGCAGACUUACUCAGAAAUUGCUGCUUUCUGUUUUCUUUGUAAACUUUAAAGAGCCAUCAAAUAGUAUAAUAGUUUAAGAUAGAGAAUGAUUGUCUUAAUUUGUAUCAGAAGUAUUUGUGUUGUGACAAGAGUGCUGAAUUUAAGGACUCUGCUGUGCCUCAUUUUUCUAACUGAUGCUAAUAAUGCUCCGGAGAGGGUCUCUGAAAAAUAUUUCUUCUCUAUAUACCAGAGCCUUCUCUACAUCAUGGCUUCUUAUAUGCCAUGCAGAAUUCUCACCAUGAACUUUUGAUCUGCAGUAUUAAAAAUAUUUGCUUUGUGGCUGUUGAACAUGGAAAGGUGUGGAUACUCAAUAUUUCUAUGGAGAAAACCUGGGGUUCUUAGUGAAGAUGGAGAACAUGUAAUGUUGAGGUUCUAUCUGCGUUCUUUAUUAUCUCUAUGUAUUAUAUGGUUACAAAACUGCUAAUUUAAACAAGAUGGCAUUUAUUACCCAGAAAGUUCUGAAAAAAUUAUCAGGAAAUACCUGCUUAUUAGGCUGUUAAAGAAAGACUACUUGAAAUCACUAUUCAAAAUUGUAGAACAUGGAAGAUAAUUGUAUCUUGAACUUUCCAUAAAACUGAUAUUUUCUUAUGGUUAAAUUCAGACUGCAAUUUACUUCAGUGUGGGCAAUACCUCAGUGGUGUUACUGUGACCUUCUGGGUGUAUCAGCACACUGUAAAAACUUGUCCUAGUGCAGUUGAUGUUAAUAACUCACUUGCUUAAUAAGCUCUCUUACAGAUUUUUUCACUAUAGAGUUAGUUUUCUCUUCAUCAUUAAGUUUCUUUAUGCAGCUGAUGUGCAUAAGCCAUCACAUAUUUUGGCAGCUGUUUUUUUGUGGUUUUUUGUUUGUUUAGUUUUUCUUUACAUUUAUCUUUCUUUGGUAAAUGAAAGCUCUCGUCUUUGUUUACAGGCCAGAAAAACUGAAAAAAAUCACAGGCUUUUCCACUUACUGGAUGUUUGACAAAGUAUUCUUUUGGGGCCAAAACAUUGGCAUUACUGGAACUGUUGACAUUUAGGGAUGUGGCCAUAGAAUUCUCUCUGGAGGAGUGGCAAUGCCUGGACACUGCACAGCAGAAUUUAUAUAGGAAUGUGAUGUUAGAGAACUACAGAAACCUGGUCUUCUUGGGGAUUGCUGCCUGUAAGCCAGACCUCAUCACCUGUCUGGAGAAAGCAAAAGAGCCCUGGAAGAUGAAGCGACAUGCGAUGGUGGAUGAACCCCCAGGUAUAUUUCCUCAUUUUGCUCAACACCUUUGGCCAGAGCAGGGCAUGGAAGAUUCUCUUCAAAAAGUAAUACUCAGAAGAGAUGAAAAAUGUGGACAUGAGAAUUUACAGUUUGGAAAAAGCUGUACAAAUGUGAAUGAGUAUAAGGCCCACAAAGAAGGUUAUAAUGGACUUAACCAGUAUUUCACAACUUCCCGGAAGAAAGUAUUUCAGUGUGGUAAAUAUUUGAAAGUUUUUAAUAAAUUUUUAAAUUCAAACAGACAUAAGGUAAGACCUACUGGAAAGAAACCUUUCAGAUGCAAAACAUGUGUCAAAUCAUUUUGCAUGCUUUCACACAAAACCCUGCAUAAAAGCAUUUAUACAACAAAGAAGUCCCACAAGUGUAAAGAAUGUGGAAAAACCUUUAAUUGGUCCUUAACCCUUACUAAUCUUAAGAAAAUUUAUACUGAAGAGAAACCCUACAAAUGUGAAGAAUGUGGCAAAUCUUUUAAGCAACUCUCAACCCUUACUGCACAUAAAAUAAUUCAUGGUGGAGAGAAACGCUACAAAUGUAAGGAAUGUGGCAAAGAUUUUAACUGGUCUUCAACGCUUACUGUACAUAAGAGAAUUCAUACUGGAGAGAAACCUUAUAAGUGUGAAGAAUGUGGCAAAGCAUUUAUAUUGUCCUCAGCCCUUACUGUACAUAAAAGAAUUCAUACUAGAGAGAAACCCUACAAAUGUGAAGAAUGUGGCAAAGCAUUUAUAUGUUCCUCAACCCUAAGUAGACAUAAGAGGAUGCACACUGGAGAGAAACCCUACAAGUGUGAAGAAUGUGGCAAAGCCUUUCGUUUAUGCUCACAUCUUAUUAAACAUAAGAUAAUUCAUACCGGACAGAAACCUUACAAAUGUGAAGAAUGUGGCAAAGCUUUUAUAUGGUCCUCAACCCUCAUUGAACAUAAGAGAAUUCAUACUGGUGAGAAACCAUACAAAUGUGAAGAAUGUGGCAAAGCAUUUAUAUGUUCCGCAACCCUAACUAUACAUAAGAGAAUGCACACUGGAGAAAAACCAUACAAAUGUGAAGAAUGUGGCAAAGCUUUUCAUCGAUGCUCAAAUCUUACUAAACAUAAGAUAAUUCAUACCGGAGAGAAACCUUACAAGUGUGAAGAAUGUGGCAAAGCUUUUAUAUGGUCCUCAACCCUUACUAAACAUAAGAGAAUUCAUACUAGAGAGAAACCGUACAAAUGCGAAGAAUGUGGCAAAGCAUUUAUAUUAUCCUCAACCCUAACUAAUCAUAAAAAGAUGCACACUUUAGAGAAACCUUACAAAUGCGAAGAAUGUGGGAAAGCAUUUAUAUGGUCCUCAACCCUAACGAGACAUAAGAGGGUGCACACUGGAGAGAAACCAUACACAUGUGAAAAAUGUGGCAAAGCUUUUAAAUGGGUCUCAACUCUUACUACACAUAAGAUAAUUCAUACUGGAGAGAAACCCUAUAAAUGUGAAGAAUGUGGAAAAGCUUUUAGCCAAUUCUCAAACCUUACUGAACAUAAGAUAAUUCAUACUGAAGAGAAACCUUACAAGUGUGAAGAAUGUGGCAAAGCUUUUAAUCGGUCCUCAAAUCUUACUAGACAUAAAAUAAUUCAUACUGGAGAGAAACCUUACAAGUGUGAAGAAUGUGGCAAAGCAUUUAACUGCUUCUCAACCCUUACUAAACAUAAGAGAAUUCAUACUAGAGGGAAACCCUACAAGUGUGAAGAAUGUGGUGAAGCAUUUAGCCAAUCCUCAACCCUUACUACACAUAAGAGGAUGCACACUGGAGAGAAACCCUACAAAUGUGAAGAAUGUGGCAAAGCUUUUAAUCGAUCCUCAAAUCUUACUACACAUAAGAUAAUUCAUACUGGAGAGAAACCCUACAAAUGUGAAGAAUGUGGCAAAGCCUUUUCCUGGUCCUCAGCCCUAACUAAACAUAAGAAAAUUCAUACUGGAGAGCAGCCCUACAAAUGGGAAAAAUUUGGCAAAGCCUUUAACCAGUCCUCAUAUCUUACUACAGAUAAGAUAACUCAUAUUGGAGAGAAAUCUUACAAGUGUGAAUAACAUGGCAAAGCCUAUAAAAAGUCCUUCAUUAUUAAUGGACAUAAGAUUGUUCAUACUGGAGAGGAAUGCUAUAAACCUGAAAGAUGUGCCAAUGCUUUUGACAAGAACUCAAACUUUUCUAAACGUAAAGAAAAUCAUGCUGGUGAGAAAUCCUAGAAAUGUGAAGAACAUGACAAAGCCUUUAAAUGAGUUUCACACUUGAUUGUAGGUAAGGGAAUUCACACUGGAGGAAACUACUAGUGUGAACAGUGUGGCCAAGCUUCGAACCAAUGCUCACACCUUAUUACACAGGAAAGAAUUUAUACUUGAGAACAAAUGUGCAGAUAUAGACAAAGUUAAAAAGCCAUUAAUACCUGCUUACAUCUGACUCAAAAUCAGAGAGUUCAUGCUAAAUAAAAGUAUUAAAUGUGUAAUUAGUAUCAAAAGAUCUGUCAGAAAAUCUGUCUUGAAUGUGCGAAGGAGUAUUUUGAAAAAGCAUUACAAAUAUGAAGAGGGUUGUAAUACCUUUACUUGUGUCACAGAUCUUAUUGUAUACAUUUUAUACUAGAGGAAAACCCUGAGACAGUUGUUAAAAUUUUGCUCAACAUCACAGAGUUAUAUUGAAGAAAACUCUGUAGAUAGAUUUUGGAAAACAGUUUUUCAAAAACUACAAAUUAUAAAAACACUAAAGAGUUUAUAAUAAAAUAUAUAUUUCCAGAUGCAGUCAGUAUAAAAAAUAUUCAACCCAAAAUUCCAUUUAUGUAAAUAUCAGGGAAUAAUUUACAGUUGAACUAUCUAGACAUUGCACUAAAUCAGAGUGCUGAGUAUAGAAAAUCAUACAAACUAAAAUGUGUGUGAACAUUAUUUCUAUAUAAUUUUUAAAGAAGUAGAAUAAUGUUUGGAGAGUCAUAAUUCAAAGUAUCCUUUUUUGAAAAUACAGGAUUUUUAAAAAGUGAAUAAUAAUGAAGUUAAACUCAAAUUACUUCAUCCUGUUUAAUCAUUCCUCAUGUAUUCACAUGGAAAGCAUGUGACUAAUUGUUGCUGUAUAAAAAUACGAGAGAUUCUUUUUUUUAUGAGGCAUUAUUCAUUAUCUUUUCUAUGGAAAGGUAAGGACAUUAAAAUGUAAGAUGCAUGAUGAAAAUUUAAAUAGGCCCUUUGUGGUUAACUUAUAAUAUUGAGUGAUGCAUGAGGUUGGUGUUCAGAGUAAUAUUCUUCUGCAUUAUUUUGAAAAAUUUAGUUAAAAUUAAGUUAGUAGUAUGUUGUGUUACUGUACUUUUGUGAGUAUGCAGUAUAUUUUUAAAUUAUAAAUUAUGUGUGAACUUUUCAACAUUUUAAACAUGUUAUAUACUAUCAUGAAUUUACUGAAGUGUUACUAUGCGACUAACUUUAACCUAUUCCAGCUUACUCAAGGGUCUAGGUAAAAGAUGGUAAAAAUAUACUAUUUUUAGUAUAAAAAUAAGAUAAGAUAAAAUAAUGGACCGACAUCUCUAUUAACCUUUUUUGCCAGUGGCUUUCAGGUGCCAAUAAACUUAAAGAAUAUUGUUUCUGUAGGUUAAAUUUUUAUUCUUAUUUUUGCAUUUAAAUUUAUGUUUCUUAAUUUUUGUGGGUACAUAAUAUGUGUAUAUAUUUACACUGUAUAUGGUAUAUUGUAAUACAGGCGUACAAUAUAUAAUAAUUACAUUAGAGGAAGUGAGGUAUCCAUUACCUCUAGCAUUUAUUCUUUGUAUUACAAGCAAUUCAAUUCUACAGUUUUAGUUAUUUUUAAAUGUACAAUUAAAUUUUUGUUAACUACAGGGUCAUUUUUAUGGUCAUAAUGGAAAGUAUAUUCAAACAUAAGUAAAAAUUCAUACAUUUCUGAGUCCUGAAUAAAUAUUUUUAAAAAUUUUAAUAUAUUUUUCUUUGAACAUGUGUCCUCUGCCUGCAAGCACAUAUGGACUAUUAGUAUUGAUGUAUAUAGAGUUAAAUAUUCACAUCUGUUAGUCUAAAGAUAAACUUUAGGUGUAAAUAAAUUAUGGAGUAAGUGUGUUUGUGUGAGUAGAAGUUUGAAAUUAUUUUUAGCAGAAAAAAGCAAUAUCAGAACAAAAUAAGUCAUUUUAAGGAGGUGUCUAAUUUACUGGAAAACAAAAAUUCUCAAAAAUGCUGAAAACAAAUCUAUCCUCUCUGCUUUGUAUUGAAUGUAUUCCUGUGCAAUCUUUUGACUAAUGGUUCGGAAUCUCUCCAUGCAAAUUCUCUGUUUUUAACUUGACUGGUACUCAUGCUAAACCAUACUUUUCUUUUUUUGUUGUUGUUUCAUAGUUUUUGUUUAUUUGUUUCGAGACAGAGUCUUGCUCUGUCACCCAGGCUGGGGUACAGUGUUGGCUCACUGAAACCUCCACCUCCGAGAUUCAAGCAAUUCCCUUGCCUCAGCUUUUGAGUAGCUGGGAUUACAGGCGUGAGUCACUGCACCUGGCCUGUGUAAUAGUUUAUCAAAUAUUCAUUAUGUGAGCUGGUCUGUAAUUAUGAGAAUAAUCUUUUAAUGUAUUAUUUCAUAAGUUAUUGAGGUACAGUGGUAUUUGGUUAGAUGAGUAAGUUUAUUAGAGGUGAUUUGUGAGAGCCUGAUGAACCCAUUCCUGAGCAGUAUACACUGCACCAUAUAUGUUGUCUUUUAUCCCUCCACCUUCCCACUCUUUCCCCCAAGUCUCCAAAGUCCAUUGUAUCUUUUUUUUUUUUUUUU